UUCCGCCCCCGUUGUCCGUUUUUUCGGGCCCGGCUUCCGGUGGAGGCGGCGAGAAGAUGGCGGCGGUUCCCCUGGAGGAGCAGCUGGUGUGCCCCAUCUGCCUGGAGCUGUACGCCGAGCCGGUGACGCUGCCGUGCGGCCACAGCUGCUGCCGGUCCUGCAUCGAGGAUCACUGGGCCCGGCGCGGGGAGGUCACCGACUGCCCGGCCUGCCGGGCGCUCUUCUCCCGCCGCCCCGACCUGUGCAAAAACGUGGCGCUCUGCGACGUGGUGGAGGCCGUGCGGGCCGGUCCUUUGACCUCCGACCCCGCCCCCGGGGCCCGGUGCCCGCGCCACGGCCGGGCCGUGGAGCUCUACUGCCAGACCGAGCGGCUCUGCGUCUGCUGCGCCUGCACCGUGCACGUCUGCCGCGGCCACCGCCGGGCCCUGCUGGAGACGGAGCGAGAGGCCCAGCAGGAGCACCUCAGGGAGAGCCUGGCGGAGAGCCGGAGGCAGGUCGUGGCCGCUCAAGAUCGGCUCCACCAGUUGCAGCGGCAGAGUGACGGGAUCGAGGACUCUGCCUCUACCCUGAUCGUGGCCGUCACCAACAAGCUGUCCUCCCUGCUGCGGGCCCUGGAGGCCUGGCGGGAGGAGGUGCUCUGGGACCUCACCUUGGCUAAGGCCGCCGCCCUGGGCCAGGCCCAGGACAACCAGAACCGACUUCGGGACCACCUGGACGGCCUGGCCCGGUACCAGCAGCAGAUCGAGAUGCUGCUGGCCUGCCCCGACCACGUCCGCUUCCUCCAGGAGUCGGUGCGGCUGGCGGCCCCGCCGGCCCUGGCUGCGCUGCCCCCACCUCAGUGGGACGAGGCCGGCCUGCGGGAAGGACUGGAGGCCGUGCUGGCCCAGCUCUCCCGACUCCUGCUGCACAAGGACCCCCAGCCCCCGAGCCCCACUCCCGCCGCCAGCCCGGAGGAGACCACCAGACCUACCCCGCUGUCCUCGAGCCCACAGUGCAGACAGAGGAGAGAACUUCAGAAGAAUUACCGCAACCUGACCUUCGACCCCGACACGGCAAACCGCUACCUGGCCCUGUCCUGCCAGAACCAGCGGGCCUCGCACGGGCGCAGGGCGGUGGAGCGAGGCCCGGGCGGGGACGGGGAGCGUCCCGGCCGCUUCGAGCUGUGGCAGGUGCUGUGCUCCCAGAGCUUCAAGUCCGGCUGCCAUUACUGGGAGGUGCGCUUGUCUGACCACGCCGUGGUGGUGGGCGUGGCCUACGCCGAGCUGGAGAGACGCAAGCGGGGCCACAACCCCAACAACAUCGGGCGGGGGCCCUGCUCCUGGGGGCUGCAGGUGCUGGAGGACCGCUACGAGGCCUGGCACAACGGGCAGAGUCAGCAGGUCCCGGAGCCCCGGGGCCCGCCCACGCAACGCCUCCUGGGCGUGGAGCUGGACAUGGCGGCCGGCUGCCUGUCCUUCUUCAGCCUGGAGCCCCAGACGCAGCUCCUCCACUCCUUCUCCGGCUCCCUGUUCACCAAGCCCCUGCACCCCGUUUUCUGGCUGUGCGAGGGGCGGACCGUCACUCUGUGCCAGCUGCCCGAGCCCCCCGCCGGCCCCGUGUGAGCGGCCCCCCGGGCUCCGGCCUCGACUCUGGGCCCGGUCCCGGUUCUUCCUCCUCCUCCUGGGGCAGAUCUCUGCCUCGGUUUCCCCGGGGCAGCUGUCACAGCGCCCCACCCCGCUGUGUACGAUCGGGUCGGGGGCUCCUAGAAGAAAGAAAACAAGGCCCUGUUCUGGGCUUCAAAUUACA